AUGUUCAAGAAGAGCUUCCGCCAGCACGGUGCUCCCAACCUCUCGACCUACCUCGUCAACUACAAGGUCGGCGACAUUGUCGACAUUGUCGCCAACUCCAGUGCUAAGUCGCUCCCCCACAAGUUCUACCACGGCAAGACCGGCAUCGUCUACAACGUUGCUCCCCGCGCCGUCGGUGUCAUUGCCUACAAGGUUGUGAACGGCCGCUACCUCGAGAAGCGCAUCAACGUCCGCAUCGAGCACGUCAAGCACUCCAAGUGCCGUCAGGAGUUCCUUGACCGCGUCAAGUCGAACGCCGCCAAGAAGGCUGAGGCCAAGGCCUCCGGCGAGACCGUUGUUCUCAAGCGUCUCCCCGCCCAGCCCCGUGAGGCCCGCACCAUCUCGUCGAAGAACAACGUUCCCCAGACCCUCACCGCCCAGCCCUACGAGACCACCAUCUAA